AUGUCUUCAUGCCCCGUGUCGUCGUCCCAAGACUCCGGCCCCGCCGCCGGCCGGAAGCGCAUCCCAACCGCCUGCGAAGCCUGUCGCGUGGCCAAGAUACGCUGUCUGCCCAGCGACCAGGACGGCACAUGCCAAAAAUGCCUCGUCUCCAAGAAGGAAUGCGUCUCCAGAACAGGUCCUCGACGACGCCGACCCAAUAAAUCCAAACUACCUCCUGGCGAUUCCCUCCCCCCGCCCCCCAAACCCACUGGCACAUUCACCAUUGAUAUUCCCCUCGCCCAAGCCUCGGGUUCUUCCUCUGUGGAAACCCUUCGCGAGACUCACGCUGCCUAUCUCGACAGCCUUUUCCCUCCCUCCCAUACUUCCGCCCCUCCCUCUCCUUCCUACUUCCAAGGUAGCAUCUCCUCCGAAGCCGCCUCCAGCCCGUCCGCUACCUCCAGCUCCAUUCAGGACAUGCACGCCCGGCCUUCCUUCAACAUAUCCUCUGCCGAGUCGCUCCUCGACACUUUUCGCUCCAUGCUGUACUACUGUCCGUGCAUCCUCCUCCCUGAAGACGUGACGGUGCGAGACCUUGCGCAGACAAGACCGUUUGUGCUUCUAGCGAUUCUUGCCGCGGCGGCGGGGGCCAAGUCCCUCCAGGGUCAUAAUCUAUACGAUGACGAGUUUCGCAAAGUCUUUGCGCUGAAGCUCGUGGCCGGCGGGGAGCGCAGCCUCGAGUUGCUGCAAGGCAUAUUGAUCUAUUGUCUUUGGUAUCCGUUCCAUCUUCGGCCCCGGGCCAAGCAAAUCUUCCAAUACACGCGCAUGGCCGCCGAUCUCGUCCACGAUCUCGAGCUAGACACCGAUCCUUUCCCUGACACCACCACCACCACCACCAUGACCCCCGAGCGUCUCGACUCCAUCCGGGCCUACGUCGCCCAAUACUAUCUCUCCUCCUCCUUCGCAGUCACCUGGCAAGCCCACCGCAGCCACCCCGUCCCAUUCACAUCCUGGACCUCGCAAUGCUGCCAUCUCCUCACCACGCACGCCUCCUCCCCCGGCGACGCCGUCCUCGCCUCCCUCGCACGUCUGGGGCACACCGUCCGGGGCGCCUGGGCCGCCGUCCGCGACCAUAACCCCGCCGACAACAGCACCCUCGUGUUUCGUGGACUAGAAGCACAGUUCCAGGAUCAACAGGCGCAUCUCCCCGCCUCCGUCUCCAACACCUUGCCAGUCCGGCUCCAAAGCCUCUUUACCGAAUUCUUCCUCCUCGGCGGCUCCAUCCUGCGCAUGCCCGCCCCCGCCAGCAAACCCCCGUCACCACCACCAACAGCCCCCGACCCCUUCCGUCCGACGCUCUCCCGACUGACGUCCUGCGUCCACGCCGUCGCCCAGUUCCUCGCCCUCGUCGCCGCCAUCCCGUCCGCCUCCCUCGCGCACCUCUCCACCGGCGACUGGGGCCGCCUCAUCCUCGGCAUCGUCGUCGCCAUGCGCCUCUCCUUUCCGCUGCCCCCGGAGUGCUGCUGCCCCGAGUACGACAGCGCCUGGGCCCGGAGCCAGCUCGGCUUCGCCGCGUUUCUCGACGUCAUGACGGCAGACGCGGCCGGCACCGAUCUGACGUCGGCGGCCAAGAGGUUCGAUGUCGUCUCGGCGAGCAAGGUCGUGAUUGCGGUGGUCAAGGAAAAGUACGAAAAGCGGCUGGCGCUGCUGCUGCAAAAACGAGAUCAGCAGCAGCAGCAGCAGCAGCAGCAGCAGGUGGAGGAGCAGGCGCGGUCCAAGUGCCCGAUGCUGGACGGCUCGCUGGAUCGCUACUUCCCGCUCUGGAACGGGAGCGUCGGGCAGACGAUGAGCAUGCCGUCCAUGUCUUUCAUGGAGGGCAUGGCCGAUGGUAGCGACGCCAUGCUAGACGCAUGGGCCGAGGACGCAUUCGACUGGAUCGAUCCGGGGCAGGGUAUGCUGUGA